UUGAUCUCAUCUGGAUUAAUGACGGAUAUAAAAAGCUUGGUCAGCGUUUUCUUGUGUCAGACUGGAUCUGAGCCUCAGCUGCUCCUUCAGGACCUUCAUCAUGAUCCCGGUUUUUCUGUCCCUCCUCUUCAUCUCAGUGGUUAAAAUGAGUCCGGUAGUAGAACCGGCUCAGUUUCCCAAAGAGUUUAUGGAUGUCUUUAAAAGCGUCCCACAACUACAAGCUGACAAAGAGCCAAAGCGAUAUGACGACAUUGCUAUGCCAAAAAUCUUAAAGAGGAAUGCUGACCCGUGCACCAUCACAGGCUGCAAGUGGUUCAAAUCUGGAGAGUUCGUCUACAUACCGUUCUACAUCGACACUAAUUACUCUCCGGCAGAACGAAACAGAAUCCUUGGAGUUCUGGAAAGAUUCAACAGAUCCACCUGCAUCCGCUUUGUACCGUUUAAAACGAAGAAUUCUGAUUACCUUUAUUUCUAUACUCGACCUAACGACGGGUGUUGGUCCUACAUUGGCCGUCAGGGAGGAGGCCAGUUCAUCUCUCUGGAGAAAAAUAAAUGUCUGCGAACCUCUACGGUGAGCCACGAGGUCCUUCACGCUCUGGGCUUCAACCAUGAGCAGGUCCGCAUCGACAGAGACCAAUACAUCCGCGUUUUAUUCCAGAACAUCAAGCCAGAGCAAAAGUUUAACUUUUGGAAGGUAGAGACCAACAACAUGGGAUCUCCUUACGACUACAACUCUGUCAUGCAUUACAAGAAGUAUGCCUUUUCCAAAAACGGGCGGCCAACCAUCGCUGCCAGGUCUCGUCGAGUCCACAGCUUUGGAAACUCAUACGGGAUGAGCAACACUGACAUCAACCGAGUCAACAAACUUUAUAACUGCAGGGAAAAAUAAAGCAUGAACUUUUACCAUUUCUCAAAACAAAAAGAAAUAUUCUAACAGAAGGUUUUUAACACUAAUCAUUUAACGUCAGUGUGAACCAGAAAUGAUCAAACUUAGUUUACAGAAACCAGGAGUUAUUUUAUCUUUAACUAGUUACAUUUACUUUAUUAUGAGUCACGUUUUCGAAAAAUUUACUUUUAUUAGUAUUUUUACUACACUGCACUUUUUACUUUUACUUGAGUAACUUUAUUAUGAAGUAUCACUACUUUUGCUUGAAUAAAAUUAAGUCUCAAAAAUAAACAUGUUUUAAAAU